GUGUUGCCAAGCAAUAUGUAAGCAACAUGGCCGCCAAAAAGUGCAUCAACAUUUGAUUUGGUGGUCAAAAUGCACUGAAAACAAGGUGUUUUCAGACAGAUAUUCAAAUAGACGUGGAUACAAUAUAGAAAAGAAUACAAAAUGGCCUACAGACAAACAAAUGGUGUUCAUAAGAGUAUGAAUGGAUCUCCCGCAAUGAAUGGGUCUGGGAUGAAUGGAAGUGAAGAGAGUGGACAAAUGACGGCUAGCCAGCCCCUUGGGUUGAGGGGUAUAGACCCUGAAUCCUUAAAGUCUCGCCUUAUAUCAUUUGCUCCACAGCAAGCACCAGUGAAUACAAAAGCAUUAAGAUUUAAUAGAGUCACACAAACUCAGAUGAGGAAAUCUUAUGCCCCGAUUGGACCAAAGUUGGAACCUGUGCCAAGUUUACAGAAAUACCAGGAAAGGAACCAUCCAAGUUAUAUUCAGAACCAGAACCGAAUGAAGCUGGAGUCACAAGGUCUCAUAAAGAAGGAUGAGCCAGUGGCUAAAAAGAUGAAGAGAACUGGUUCAGUAGAACCGAUGGAUAAACCGGAGUCACCUCUCCCAGAAUUACCAGAAAACCUACAGCAAAAGCAGGAUUCUAUGGUGUUGCGAGUGCCUACACCCCCAAAAGAGCCAAAACCUGUCUCACCCCGGGGGAAAACCCACACUAGUGGCCCUAAAAUGCCCAUAUCAACAAAAACAAAAAUUGCUGAGACCCACGAAGGGUUGAAUGAUGCCGACGAAAUAAUUAGGCUGAUUAAAGAGGACAAGCGAAUAGGAUUCUUGUAUCUCAGUCCAAAUGUGCCGAAAUCCUCAGUCAAGUACCAUUACUACAACCUCAAGGUCGUGAGUCAUGAGAAUAUCAGCAAGACUGACCACUGUACCAUCAGUCAGCAGGGAGUGACCAGGAUACGGAACGACGAUGAGACGGAAUUUGUCACCCUCGACCGCUGGGAACAGGAAUACAACUACUUCAAGAAAAUCAUCAAGAUCAAGACUUUUGCGCUGUUUAGAAAAUGGAAGGCAUUCAAUGUAUGGAGAAAGAAUGUGAGGACAAAGAAAAUCACUGAGUGCACUAAGGCUCUCAACGAGAACCUCUUCAUCGUCAACCCGUCUUUGAGACCUGCCCUCCUGAACGUGCGCGAGAUGUGUCAUCGUAUCAGUGACAUGGGUCUGUGUAAGGUGGAGAAGGGAAACACGUACGCCUUGUCACAGUUCCGGGAGGCGCAGUUUACACAACUCACAGAGGUGGCUGGUCGACUGUCGGAGUUCCGGGAUUUGGUGAAGGAAGUGGUACGCUCCGCAUGUCGGACUGCUCUUCUGGAGGCGGGAUUCACGCCGGACGAUUAUUACAUGGCAGAUGAUGGAGCAAAUAGCCCAGGACUUGGUGACAUGGCUCCUGGUACCUCAUCUAGUUACAUGAUGCCCAGUAACUACGACAUGGAUAUUUACGGGGAGGCCCCAGACAGGAUGACCUACACAGAACAAGCCAACAAGAGAGCCCACUGCAAGCGUCUCACAUGCUUUAUCCGGUUGGCUGACUACCUGAUCGUGAACACGAUGCACGUUCUGGCUGUAAACUCUGUGUCGACACUUCUGAACUACCUGUCGGAACAGCUGCAGAACACGCCCACUCUAGAACAGAUACAGGGAUUCGCUGAGGAAGCGAAACUAGCCGCGGACGAACUCAAAGAGGAUCCGGAAAUCAGAGAAGAGAAAAAAGCCGAAAAGGCACGACAAGAAAAAGAAAAGGCCGAAAAAGGAAAGCUUGAGGAACAGGAAGAUGAAGAGGCCCACCAGUUGCCUCCCUUGUAUAUCACAGAAUUUGUCCUUGAGCCCAAUCAACUGCUGUUUGCUCCAGACUCGGACGAUUUCCAGGAGGGUUUGGCUGAGGUCAUUAAGAAAUUCCAAGACGCUGUUCUCUCUGUGCAAAAUCUCGUGCCGGACAACUACUUUGAUGCUUUCACACAUCCCAUCAUUAACAACAAGUUCGAGGAGAAGACUUGUGGAGAUGGUCCAAGUCUGGCCACCAUGUUUGAAGAUGACAAGCAUCUACAGAGCAUUAUCGCGGACAUCAGGAAUUCCAUCACCGCAGCAUUCAAUGCCGCCUCUAAUUAUGCGGACACGUUUGAGCCUCACAGAGAAUUCUACAGGGAAAAUGAAAGUCUGGACCUGGAGGGACUAAGAGCACUAGAGCACGAUGUAGCAUUCUUCGCGGAGGCCUUGGAGAAAUACCAUGGACAGGUCAGAAUGGCUCAGGUCAUCAAAGAGAAACGACCAAUCGGAAUGCUUUUGAUUGACGGGACGAAGAUGAAAAGUCUGCUGAAUCCUUCACCCACGAGAUGUCUGGAUGUUAUUAAUGAUCUCCUGCCAGUAAAGGCCAGAAAGGAAGUGGACAGACUCAUCGCUGAGUUACAGGACGCCCAGUUCAAACUCGAGGUCACACCCACCACUACCAUCGAGUUUGUCAACACACUCACCUUCCUGGAUGACAUUCAAGUCAGGAUUGACCCUCUGGAGAAGGAAGCCAUGAUAGUAAAGGAUAUGUAUGAACUGAUUGAGCAGUACACUGUGCCGACUCCCCCUGAGGACUUCGCUGUCUAUCAGACAUUAAGCCCCAGCAUCACUGGAGUAAGAAACGCCAUCGACAAAUCUCUGACAGAGAGAGACGCCAACAUUGACAAGUUCUGUACACACCUGGACAAGGACAUCGCGGAACUCGGCAAGGAAGUCAAAGAGGUCAAACUGGAAGCCCAGAAUCCGCUGAUCCUGGACUCGACAGCAGAGAAGGACAAAGUGCAGGGCAUUCUUAAGCGAAUGUUGACACAGAUCGAGGGACUACAGAAACAGGCCUUCACCUACAAAUCCUACCAGAAGAACUUCAAGGUCGAGGUCACAAAGUUCGACGCCCUGGAGGAAGUCCACGCUGAACUGAAGCUGAAGGAACUUCUGUGGUCGGCCAUUGAUGAGUGGGAUGGCCAUAUUGAUGACUGGAUGAGUGUCCAAUUUGAGACCUUGGACCCAGAACAGAUGAAUAACACCACCAUGAGGUAUGCUAAGUCUGUGAUGCAGCUGGAGAAGGGUCUGCCACCUAAUGGUGUGGUGCCCAUGCUGAAGGAAAGGGUGGAGACCAUGAGAGACAGGCUGCCUGUGAUAACUGACCUCAGGAACCCUACCCUGAAAGCUCGCCACUGGGAGGCAAUAGAACAAAUCCUGGACUAUCACUUCACACCGGAGGAUCCUCUCACCUUGGGAAAACUUGUGGAAAUCAAUGCCUUCCGAAAUGGCGAGGCCUUGCAGGAAGUCUCAGGUCAGGCCAGCUCAGAGGCUAGUCUGGAGGCCAUCCUUAAAAAGGUGGAGGACUCUUGGAAGUCUACAGAAUUCAUGGUUCUGUCACACAAGGACUCGAAGGACGUCUUCAUCCUGGGUGGCACUGACGAUAUCCAGCAACUUCUUGACGACAGCAACAUCAACAUAGCAACCAUUGCCAGCUCCAGACAUGUUGCUCCAAUCAAGGGCAAGGUGGACGAGUGGACUAGAAAUCUGGAUCUGUUUGGAAAAACUCUGGAUGAAUGGCUGAACUGUCAGAGGAACUGGCUGUACCUAGAGAGUAUCUUUUCCGCGCCUGAUAUUCAGAGACAGCUGCCUGCGGAAGCCAGGAUGUUCAUGCAGGUGGACAAAUCGUACAAGGACAUCAUGCGGAAAGUCAACAGGGUACCACUGGCCAUCCGGGCCGCCACUCAGCCAGGUCUGCUGGAGACAUUCCAAAAUAACAAUGCCUUACUUGACCAAAUCCAGAAAUGUCUUGAGGCUUACCUGGAGUCUAAGAGAGUUCUGUUUGCCAGAUUUUAUUUCUUGUCUAAUGAUGAGUUGCUGGAGAUUUUGGCUCAGACAAGAAACCCAUUGGCUGUUCAGCCUCACCUCAGGAAGUGCUUUGACGCCAUUGCAAAACUUGAGUUUGGAACACAACCUUCCCAGGACCCUGACGAGGAAGUGCAAUAUACAAAUGACAUUUUGUCCAUGAUCUCCCCGGAGAACGAAAAAGUUAGCUUAGGAAGGGGCUUGAAAGCCAGAGGAAAUGUGGAAGACUGGCUGGGAAAAGUAGAGGAAGCCAUGUUUGUGAAUUUACGUAAACUUGUCAAGUCCGCCCUUGCGGAUUAUGAACAGAGGCCUCGGGCUGAGUGGGUGGUGACCCAUGCCUCUCAAAUUGUCCUGACGGUGUCGCAGAUUGUCUGGUGCCGAGACGUGACAGAAGUCCUAGAGAGUGACAUGGACAGAUUGGAAGGAAUGAAAAUGUUUGAGCAGAAGUGCUUCAAGGAUUUGAAUGAACUUGCCUGCCUUGUGCGAGGGGAAAUUCCCAAACUGGCACGAGCCAACCUGUGUGCCUUAAUUACGAUAGACGUGCAUGCCCGAGACAUGAUCACGGGGAUGGUGGACACAAAAGUGGACACAGUGACCAACUUUGAUUGGCAGAAGCAGCUGAGAUAUUACUGGGACCUAGAAAUGGACAACUGUGUAGUCAGAAUGUCCAACUCGUUGUACGUGUAUGGCUACGAGUAUCUGGGAGCGUCACCUCGACUGGUCAUCACCCCACUGACGGAUCGUUGUUACCUAUGCCUUAUGGGUGCCCUACAGCUGGACUUGGGUGGUGCCCCAGCUGGCCCCGCAGGGACGGGAAAGACAGAGACCACCAAAGAUCUGGCCAAGUCUCUCGCCAAACAGUGUGUGGUUUUCAACUGCUCUGAUGGGCUGGACUACAAGAUGAUGGGCCGAUUCUUCUCUGGUCUGGCUCAGUCUGGUGCUUGGUGCUGCUUUGACGAGUUCAACCGAAUUGACAUUGAGGUCCUGUCGGUCAUUGCCCAGCAGCUGAUCACGAUCCGAAAUGCCAAGAUGGCCAAAGUCUCCCGCUUCAUGUUUGAGGGUCGCGAGAUCAAGCUCGUGAUGACCUGUGCUGCUUUCAUCACCAUGAACCCAGGAUACGCUGGCAGAACCGAACUCCCGGACAAUCUGAAGGCCCUAUUUAGACCUAUCUCUAUGAUGGUGCCAGAUUAUGCCUUGAUUGCUGAGGUCAUUCUAUACUCCGAGGGAUUCGAGUCAUCCAAGAAUCUGGCCAAGAAGAUGGUACAGAUGUACAAGCUGUGCAGCGAGCAGCUCUCCCAGCAGGACCACUAUGACUUCGGUAUGAGGGCUGUCAAGUCGGUGUUGGUCAUGGCCGGGGCCCUGAAAAGACAGAACCCGGACAAGAACGAGGAUGUGGUACUGAUCCGCGCGCUCAGGGACAGUAACCUGCCCAAGUUCCUGAAGCAGGAUGCCUCUCUGUUUCAGGCUAUCCUCCAAGAUUUAUUCCCUGGAGUAGAAAUCCCAGAACAUGACUAUGGGACACUGGAGGAAGAAAUUAAGAAUGUUGUAGUGAAAAACAAACUCCAAACUGUACAGACUCAGGUCAAGAAAAUCAUUCAGUUCUACGAGACGAUGGAGGUUCGCCACGGAGUCAUGUUGGUGGGACCCACAGGAGGGGGAAAGACCACAGUGUACAAUGUGCUGAAAGAGGCGUUGACAAAUCUGCACGCUGCUGGGGAGACGAAUCCAUUCUAUCAGCCAUGUCACACCCACGUCCUUAACCCCAAGUCUAUCACUAUGGAGGAGCUGUAUGGGGGGAUCAACAAACUGACCCUGGAGUGGUCUGACGGCCUGAUGGCAAUGACAGUCAGAUCCUGUGUACAGGACACCUCAAUGGACCACCACUGGGUGGUGUGUGAUGGACCCGUGGAUGCCUUGUGGAUUGAGAAUAUGAACACGGUGUUGGACGACAACAAGAUGUUGUGUCUGGCCAACAGUGAGAGAAUCAAGUUCACCCCCUACAUACAUAUGUUAUUUGAGGUACAAGAUCUGGCCGUAGCCUCCCCAGCCACCGUCAGCAGAUGUGGUAUGGUGUUUGUGGACCCCGAGGAACUGAAAUGGCUUCCAUAUGUACAAACUUGGAUGAAUGGAUAUGCUGAUAAAGUAAAGGAUGAAAUCCGAGAAUAUUUGUUGGAUUUGUUCGUAAGAUAUGUGGACAAUGGAUUGACCUUCAUCCGCAAAAAGUGCCAGCAAAGCAUUAACCAGGUUGACAUCAGCAAAGUUGCCUCCCUCUGUUGUCUCCUGGAGUCCCUGCUGUUCCGUCGUGGUGGGCCUGAUUUGAACCAGGAUAUGAACAAAUUAAACCCCCUCCUGUGUACGACAUUUGUCUUCUGUUACCUGUGGUGUAUCGGAGGAAACAUCACUGAUAAUUAUUGGGAUGCCUUUGACACGUACGUCAGGCAACAGUUCGAGGAGAAUGGUGAUGCAAAGCUCCCUAACGCAGGAGACCUAUGGAGCUGCUACAUGGACUUUGAGACCCGCCGCAUGGACUUAUGGGAGAAAAUUGUCCCAGCUUUUAAAUACGACAAGGAAGUGCCGUUCUUUGAGAUGUUAGUGCCCACAGUGGACACCGUGCGAUUUGGUUACCUCCUGGAGAAGUUCCUCUCCGUGAAACGUUCUGUUCUGUACACUGGAGAAACGGGAGUGGGAAAGUCUGUCGUUGCCAGAGGACUACUAAAUGGGAUUGCUGAGAAAGCCAACUAUGUGCCCCAAUUCAUUAACUUUUCUGCUCAGACCAGUAGUAAACGAACACAGGAAAUGAUUGAAGGAAAACUGGAGAAAAGAAGAAAGAACAUUAUCGGUGCCCCAGUUGGCAAACGUGUGAUAAUUUUUGUGGACGAUUUGAACAUGCCUAAACUAGACACUUACGGGUCUCAGCCCCCAAUAGAACUGCUGAGACAGUACCAGGACUUUGGAGGAAUGUAUGAUAGGGAAAAAUUAUUCUGGAAAGAAAUACAGGAUGUAACAUUAUCUGCUGCCUGUGCGCCCCCUGGUGGUGGAAGGAAUCCUGUCUCUCCGAGAUUUUUCCGUCAUUUUGCCAUGUUGUCUAUUCCGCCCCCCUCUGAACACAGCUUAAAACACAUGUUUAUGCAAAUCCUUGCUGGAUUUUUCAUGGACUUUCCCCAAGCUGUGCGUCAGACAGCGGAGCCAAUCUGUCAAGCCGCGGUGGAGAUAUACGGCAGGAUGUCUACCGAUCUUCUCCCUACCCCUGCUAAAUCUCACUACGUCUUCAACCUCAGAGAUCUCUCCAAAUGCAUUCAAGGUUUGCUUCAGGCAGACACCGGAGUUAUUCGUGAUGGUAAGCAGAUAUUCCGUUUGUUCUGUCAUGAGUCCAUGAGAGUGUUCCACGAUCGUCUCAUUAAUAACGAGGACAAGAAAUAUUUCCACACCAUGCUCUCAGAAAUGGCCAGCAAACACUUUGGGGAGAAUGUGGAACCUGAGAGUUUUACCCAGAAUCCUAUCAUAUUUGGAGAUUUUAUCAAGAUUGGAGCAGAAAAGGCAGACAGGAUAUAUGAAGAACUUAGUGAUAUGAAAAAACUUACCAAUGUUUUACAAGAUUAUCUUGAUGACUUUAACAUGAACUCCUCUAAAGAAAUGAAACUUGUAUUCUUCUUGGACGCUAUUGAGCAUGUAUCGCGUAUCACUCGUAUGAUUCGUCAAGAACGUGGUAAUGCACUUCUAGUCGGAGUAGGGGGGACUGGUAAACAGUCACUCACCAGGUUGGCGUCCCAUAUCUGUGGUUAUAAGUGUGUACAGAUUGAGCUGAGUCGAGGUUAUGGAUACGUAGAGUUCCACGAUGAUCUGAAGAAAUUGUAUAACUACGCUGGAGUACAGAACACACACACAACAUUCUUAUUCACAGACACACAGAUUGUUGUGGAGGAGUUCCUAGAAGAUAUCAACAAUAUCCUGAACUCUGGAGAGGUGCCUAACUUAUUUGAACCAGACGAGUAUGAACAACUGAUUAUCGGAUGUCGUCCUGCAGCGAAGGAAGUUGGCAUCGCCGAGGGCAACAGAGAUGCCAUCUAUGACUUCUGCAUCAAUAGGGUCAGGAACAAUCUCCACAUUGUCCUGUGCAUGAGUCCCGUGGGAAGUGCCUUCAGAACACGAUGUCGUAUGUUUCCAUCCCUCGUUAAUUGCUGCACCAUCGACUGGUUCACGGAAUGGCCAAGAGAGGCUUUGCUAAGUGUCUCCACAUCAUUCUUUGAAAAUGUGGAGCUCGGGGAGGAGAGUCUUAAGCAAAAGAUUGCAGAGAUGUGCGUGGAGAUACACACUAGCGUCAGUGACAUGGCAGAGCGGUUCUACUCCGAGCUGAAGCGGCGCUAUUACACUACCCCCACCAGCUAUCUAGAACUCAUCAGAAUUUACCUCUCCAUGCUUCAGGAGAAAACCAAGCAACUAAAGAUGGCUCGUGAUCGUGUCGACAAUGGUCUGAAAAAGAUCCUAGAAACUAACGUGCUUGUCGACAAAAUGAAGAAAGAAUUGAUUGCUCUAGAGCCAGAACUGAAAAAGAAAUCAGAAGACACCAACAAUUUGAUGGAGAGACUCGUAGUGGACCAGGAAGCCGCAGACAAGGUCAGGAAAGUUGUGGUUGAGGAUGAGGCUGUAGCGAAGACGAAGGCAGACGAGACUCAGGCCAUUGCUGAUGACGCUCAGCGGGACCUUGACCAGGCCCUGCCCGCCCUUGAAGCCGCCGUGAAGGCCCUGGAUUCUCUCGACAAGAAUGAUAUUGCUGAGAUCCGUGUGUUUUCUAAACCUCCCGAACUUGUACAAACUGUCAUGGAGGCAGUGUGUAUUUUAAAUAAUUCAAAGACUGAUUGGGCGUCAGCUAAAGUGCUCCUGGGAGACGCAAACUUUCUGAAGAACCUCCAGACGUAUGAUAAAGACAGCAUUCCUGAUUCAAUGCUGAAAAAACUCAAGAAAUAUGUGGAGAACCCAAACUUUGUCCCGGAGAAAGUGGAAAAAGUAUCCAAGGCUUGCAAGUCCAUGUGUAUGUGGGUACUGGCUAUGGAUUCUUAUUCUCACGUGUUUAAGACGGUGGAGCCGAAACGUGCUAAGUUGGCAGAGGCCCAGAAUGAGUUAGAUAUGGUGAUGAAGAUGUUGAAAGAGAAACAAGACCAGCUGGCAGAAGUGGAAGCCAAGAUAGCUGAACUGCAGGCCACCUAUGACAACAGCGUCCGAGAGAAACAGAAGCUGGAGAGGAAUAUCGCCACUACCGCCGCACGUCUAAAACGCGCUGCCAAGCUGACCACAGCCCUGGGAGAUGAGCAGGUCCGCUGGGCAGAAACUGUCAAGGACUUCAACAAGCAGAUUGGUAACGUUGUGGGGGACGUCUUUGUAUCCACAGCCUGUGUUGCGUACUAUGGAGCCUUCACUAGCAACUACAGACAUGAACUGAUAGAAAUGUGGACCAAUCGCUGCAUAGAACUAGAAAUCCCCGUAACACCCGGGAUGACAAUCAUUAACGUUUUGGCAGAUCCGUUUGAGAUUCGACAGUGGAAUUCUGACGGUCUUCCCAAAGAUCAACUGUCCACAGAGAAUGCCAUUCUUGUCACCAGAGGGCGUCGCUGGCCUUUGAUGAUUGAUCCUCAGGAGCAGGCCAACCGAUGGAUAAGAAACAAAGAAGCCAAGAAUGGCCUGAAGAUCAUUAAGCUGACCGAUGGUAAUUUUUUGCGGACACUGGAGAACUGUAUCCGGAUCGGAAUGCCUGUGUUGUGUGAAGACAUUGGGGAGUUCCUGGACCCUGCUCUAGAGCCUGUCCUGCUCAAACAAACCUUCAUGUCUGGAGGCCGUCUGUUGAUCCGAUUGGGAGACAGUGAUAUCGACUAUGAUCGUAAUUUCCGAUUUUUCAUGACAUCCAAGAUGGCUAACCCUCAUUACUUACCAGAAGUCUGCAUCAAGGUCACCAUCAUCAAUUUCACGGUCACUCUGCAAGGCUUGGAAGAUCAGCUGCUCAGUGAUGUGGUGGGUUUAGAGAGACCUGAUCUUGAAGAACAAAGAAAUCAGUUGAUUGUGAAGAUUAACUCGGACAAGAAUCAACUGAACGCCAUUGAGGACAGGAUCCUGAAGUUGCUGUUUGAAUCACAGGGAAACAUACUGGACAAUGAGGAACUUAUCAACAUUCUUAACGAAUCCAAGGUAACAUCCGGAGUAAUCAAACAGAGGCUGAGUGAGGCCGAGGUGACGGAGGAGAAAAUUAACACCGCUCGUGAGAAAUACCGCUCAGUCGCGACCCGUGGCUCUGUCCUGUACUUUGUGGUGGCCAGUAUGGGAGAGGUGGACCCCAUGUACCAGUUCUCACUCAAGUACUUCAAACAGCUAUUCAAUGCCACCAUUGAGACGUCAGAGAAGAGCGACCAGUUGCCGGAGAGAUUGAAGAUCUGUCUAAGGGAGACCACUAUGACAAUCUACAAUAAUGUGGCCAGGGGCCUGUUUGAGAAGGACAAACUCGUCUUUUCAUUCAUGAUGUGUGUGGAAAUCAUGAAACAGGAGGAAAAGAUCUCUCCAGUAGAGUGGAACUUCUUCCUUCGCGGUUCAGCAGGCAUGGACAAGCAGCGUCCGAGCAUGCCCAGUGUGCCCUUCCUGAAUAACAUCAAAGUCUGGAACAAUGCUUUUGAUCUUAGCGAGAACUUUCCAGUGUUCAAGGGAAUUCACACUGAUCUGACAAAGACUCCUGUGUGGAUCAAAUUGGGAUCUCUGGAGGUGCGUGCUAACCCAGAGACAUAUGAAGCUUAUGGAGCCCUGCCCCCGGAGCCCCAGGGUGUGCCAGGAGCCCUCGAGGACAUGGAGUCAGAUGAUACCAAAGGACACUGGGACAAGAGGUUGACCACCUUCCAGAAACUCAUGUUCAUCAAAGUCUUCAAAACAGAAAAGACGAUCUUUGCUGUGACGGAGUUUGUGAGGGAGAACCUCGGGGAGAAGUUUGUCGAGAGCCCCCCAGUGGGUCUCCAGACUCUCUACGAUGACAUGAACAGAGUGACUCCCCUUGUGUUCGUGCUGAGUACCGGAUCGGACCCCAUGGGAGCCUUCCUUAGGUUCGCCAGAGACAAAGGAUAUACAGACAAAGUCCAGUCCAUUUCUCUGGGUCAAGGUCAAGGACCUGUGGCAGAGAAGCUUAUUCAUGCAGCGGUGAAAAACGGAGAUUGGGUGUUCCUCCAAAACUGUCAUUUGGCCGCGUCAUGGAUGUUGGCCAUGGAAAACACCGUCAAAGCCAUGUCGGAAAAGCCUGAUGAAAUUCACGAGGAUUUCCGGCUAUUCCUCAGCUCCAUGCCAGCCAAACAUUUCCCUGUCAGCGUUCUUCAGAACAGUGUCAAGGUCACUAAUGAGCCUCCGAAGGGUAUCCGUGCCAACAUGAGGCGAGCCUUUGCUGAAGUUACGCCUCAGUUCUUUGAGGAGCACGUGCUGGGUUCCCAGUGGAAGCGGAUGAUCUUUGGUGUGUGUUUCUUCCAUGCUGUCAUCCUGGAGAGGAAGAAGUUUGGACCGCUGGGCUGGAACAUCAGGUACGAGUUCAGUGACAGUGAUCGGGAGUGUGCCCAGAUGAACUGUCAAAUGUUCUGUGCGGACGGGAUCAUUCCGUGGGACGCUCUGAUUUACAUCACAGGCAUGAUUACGUACGGAGGUCGUGUGACGGACGCCAUUGAUCAGAGAUGUUUGGAGACCAUUCUGAAGACUUUCUUCUACCCCAACACACUGGAGGAGGGAUACAAAUACUCCCCAUCAGGUAUCUACUAUGCCCCGGAUCUCCCCACUCUACAGGAAUACAGGGACUAUAUCGAGACCCUGCCCAUUGUCGAUGAACCGGAAAUCUUUGGCAUGCACGAAAAUGCCAACAUUGCAUUUCAGGCGGAAGAAACCAACCACCUGAUCAGCACUAUUCUGGAUGUCCAGCCUCGACAGUCAAGUGGUGGGACAGGGAAGUCUAACGAUGAUAUUGUGUACGACCUCGCAGAGAGCAUUCUGGGUAAACUGAUGGAUAAGCUUGACAUUGAACAAGCCAAUCAGGAGAUGUUUGAGCCUGAUGCCAAAGGUCGUCUAAAUUCGUUGACCACUGUGCUGACCCAGGAAGUUGACAGAUUCAACAAACUACUGAAGGUCAUCAAGGACUCCCUAUACCAGAUACAGAAGGCCAUCAAAGGCCUUGUUGUGAUGAGUGAGGAGUUAGAGCUUGUCUACACGGCCUUCCUUAACAGUCAGGUUCCCAGUCUAUGGGCCAAUGUUGCCUACCCCUCCCUGAAGCCACUGGGGAGCUGGGUCAAUGACCUCAUUUAUCGCUGUGCCUUUAUUGAUAACUGGGUCAGGCAUGGUCUGCCCAGGUCCUAUUGGAUGUCGGGAUUCUUCUUCCCUCAAGGUUUCUUGACUGGUACCCUCCAGAACUAUGCCAGGAGGUACAACCUUCCCAUCGAUCACCUGACCUUCCACUUCCACCCCCUCCCACAUUUCAGGGACCAGAAAGAGGUCACGACUCAGAUGGCUGAGCUCAAAUUCGGAGAGGAAAUUGAUCUCGACAAAGGGCUGCCUUCCCCAGAGGAUGGCGUCCUGGUCCACGGAAUGUUUAUGGACGGAUUCCGCUGGGACGAGAAGGAGAUGUUGGUUACGGACUCCAUUAAGGGCAUCAUGAAUUCCCCUCUGUGUAUGUUCCACAUGGAGCCGAAGAUGGACUUUGUACCAGACAAGGCAGACUAUAUCGCCCCGCUGUAUAAGACAUCCGCCAGGGCUGGGGUUCUCUCCACAACAGGACACUCAACAAACUUUGUUGUAUUUGUGCAUCUGCCUUCCAAGCAGUCCCAGGAUUACUGGAUAUCAAAGGGUGCUGCCCUCUUGUGUCAGCUCAAUGAAUAAAGGGUGGAUAACUCUAAAGCAUUUGUGAUUUUAUAUUUGUAAGAAGACAUGUGAUAGAAAACUAUUUUUAUUCCUAAACAUAUGUUGGAGCCUGUAGGAUAACAUUUGUUUAUUACAUGUAUAUGUAUUCUAUUAAUUUCCGUCCACCAAUAUGUCUGUUAUAAACUGUGAUAAUGAAUAUUGGAGUGCAUUUUGAGUUGGAUAAUGUCCUAUAUAUAUUGUGUAUAAAGAUGUUUAUCUGUAUGUGGAUUUACAGUCUCUGUUGACAUAUAUUAUUUUUAUCAGUAAAGUGCAAAUUGGCAGUUGAAGGCCUUGUCAAAUCAAUUUUUAUUGUUUAUGAAGUGAUGUACACUUUGAUUUUUUAUUAGUCUGUGAUUUGAGUGUGCCUUUUGUUUAUUUUUAUUCCCAUUCAUCAUUAACAUAUGAAUACUGAUUAAUGAAGCGCUGUUAUGAUAUCAUUGUACUUGGGAAUUUUAUACUAAAGAUCCCUGAGUGAGAUAAUUAUGGACAAACUUAAUUAACUUUAGACAUUUACUAUUUCCGUCACUUUCUUAUUUGUACAAGUUCUGACCAAUAAAACACAUUUCGUCUUA